GCAUUGCUGAGUUAAUGAAGAGCAAGAACAGAACAGAGGAGUGAUUUCACUAUCCAAGGCUGGGAAAUUUGGGCUUCGGAGGGAUAACUACCUGGAACAGGACCAUGCUUCCGAAAAUAACUACAGAACUGCUUAAGCAGCUUCGGCAGGUGAUGAAAAAUUCCAAAUAUGUUUCUGAACCCAUUCAAGCCUACAUUGUGCCCUCGGGAGAUGCUCAUCAGAGUGAAUACAUUGCACCUUGUGACUGCCGAAGGGAGUUCAUUUGUGGGUUUAAUGGCUCAGCAGGAACUGCCAUUAUAACAGAGCAAGAUGCAGCCAUGUGGACAGAUGGACGCUACUUCCUUCAGGCAACCCAACAAAUGGAUUCCAAUUGGACACUCAUGAAGAUGGGGCUGAAAGACACUCCUACUCAGGAGGACUGGCUUGUGAAUGUACUUCCCCAAGGUUCCAAAGUUGGAGUGGAUCCUUCUAUUAUUCCUGCUGACCAGUGGAAGAGGAUGUCCAGAGUUCUGAAAUGUGCUGGCCACGUUCUUGUGCCAGUCAAAGAUAAUUUGAUUGAUUCCAUAUGGGCAGACCGGCCACCACGACCAUGUAAGCCUCUGAUGACACUAGAUCUCAGCUUCACAGGGAUCAGUUGGAAAGAAAAGAUUACAGCUCUGCGGGGCAAAAUGGCUGAGAGGAAGGCUCUCUGGUUUGUUGUGACAGCUUUGGAUGAUGUGGCUUGGCUCUUUAAUCUUAGAGGGUCUGAUGUGGAAUAUAAUCCAGUGUUCUUUACUUAUGCUAUCAUAGGGAUAGAUACUAUCAGGUUGUUUAUUGAUGGCAAUCGCUUAGUAGACCCAAAUGUGAGAGAGCAUCUGUUCCUGGAUUCUGCUCAGGACCCUGAAUUGCACAUACAAGUACUGCCAUAUGAUUCCAUCCUAACAGUUCUGAAAUCAAUUUGUGAAACUCUCUCUCCGCAUGAGAAAGUUUGGCUCAGUGAUAAAGCCAGCUAUGCCUUGACUCAGGCCAUUCCCAAGGAUCAUCGCUACCUCACCCCCUACACUCCCAUCUGCAUGGCAAAAGCUGUAAAGAAUGUGACGGAAGCUGAAGGCAUGAGGAAGGCUCAUAUUAAGGAUGCUGUUGCAUUGUGUGAGCUAUUUAAUUGGCUGGAGAAGGAGGUUCCCAAAGGCAACAUUACAGAAAUCAUAGCAGCAGAUAAAGCAGAGGAGUUUCGUAGCCAUCAAGAUAAUUUUGUUGACUUGAGCUUUGCUACCAUUUCAAGUACAGGCCCAAAUGGUGCUAUCAUUCACUACAAGCCUUCUCCUGAAACAAAUAGGACUUUGUCCUUGAAUGAGAUCUAUCUCUUGGAUUCUGGUGCUCAGUACAAGGAUGGAACUACAGAUGUGACAAGGACUAUGCAUUUUGGCAACCCCUCAAUGUAUGAGAAGGAGUGUUUUACCUAUGUUCUGAAGGGCCACAUAGCUGUCAGUGCAGCCAUAUUUCCUAAUGGAACCAAAGGUCAUCUCCUGGACUCCUUUGCUCGCUCUGCAUUGUGGGAUCAAGGCUUAGAUUACUUGCAUGGCACAGGUCAUGGAGUUGGUGCCUUCCUCAAUGUCCAUGAAGGUCCAUGUGGCAUUAGUUACAAAACAUUUGCAGAUGAACCUCUGGAAGCUGGAAUGAUUGUUUCUGAUGAACCUGGUUAUUAUGAAGAUGGGUCUUUUGGAAUCCGAAUUGAAAAUGUAGUCAUUGUUGUUCCUGCUAAAACAAAGCAUAACUUCAGCAACAGAGGGAGUUUGACUUUUGAACCAUUGACCCUGGUCCCGAUCCAAACUAAAAUGAUACACGUUCACUUACUGACCCAAAAAGAGUGUGACUGGCUGAAUGACUACCACAGAAAAUGCAGAGAGGUGAUCGGGGCAGAACUUGAACGACAAGGAAGACAUGAAGCUCUCCAGUGGCUCAUUAGAGAAACAGAGCCAAUCUCUCAAAUACACUAACAGUGUUUCUCUUUUUGGAUGCAAUUCUUUUUUAAAAUUACAUGUGCAGGACUGGUUUGGCUUUACAAUAAUGAUUUGGGGAAGGCAUGAAUUUUUUAAAGAUAAUAAUCAAGAGAAAUAGAAGAGGAAGAAUGGGCAAGGUAGAAGGUGAGAGGAUUUAUUCCCCUGUGAUAUUCUCUCUUUUUUCCCUUUUGAUAAUGAACAAAAUUAAAUUCAGAGCUGUGAAAUCUGUGUCUUAAAGAGUGAGAAGAUGGGUUAGUGGGACUGAUCUCUGGAUCUGAUUGAUCAAUUUGCUUGCAUAAACAGCCCAGUCCAAAGUAAGAAAUGUGAGUUACCAUAAUGUGACUUGACUCUUGGUGGCAAUUUUGUCAAAUGUUAAGGAAGAAUGGUACUGCAUCAAAGGUACACAUGUCUGUUAAAAUUGUUGUCUGUAUAGAUCUAGGUUUCCCAAAAAAUAGCAUUCAUCAUAACCAUCCCUGAAAGAUUUUAGUAUCUGGCUUAGCUGCAUCUCACGCUUUAGAAAGGCAGCUAAUUACAUGCAUGUUUACCAUUCAGUAAAGGUAAUGCCAAGCAAUACCUUGCAUCUGGAGCAUUCAUCACAGAUCAUACACCAUCUAGUGCAUGCUGGCUGCAACCCUAUGGCUGUCUCCUCUGAACUAAGCCCCUUGCAUUCAGUGGCUUUUAUUCAAAGACACUUAGGACUGCAGCCUUAGCAGAAUAUGUCCUGAUAGCCUCAUGCCAUCUCAACGAAGUUUGAGCAAUUUAUUUUCAAUAGAUCCAAAUAAUAAAUGGAGCAAUCUGCAAUUGAGUAAUGUCAGGGAAAACAGGGGAUGGCACGGUGGGUGUCUUUUUUGUACAUUACAAAUUCUGAAACUGUUUUGGACACAGGUAAUAAUACCCACCUUGUUGAAGCAUGCAACAUAACACAACAGAAUUCUCUCAUGACUUUGUAUUUCUCUAGGUUCUAAAUGUGUGUAAUAAGUAAACAGUAUCAGCAAAUGCAAGGGUCUUUUGAAUGUUUGAAUGAAUCCUGUAUGGGAUUCUUUUUCUUUUUAGUCUGCAAGAGCUCCAAGAUCUACAAAUGUUGACUCCUUACUAUUAAGUUUAGUCCAACAUUUUUUGUGAUAACUUGGGGUCAAUAGAAUGUCAAAUCCCUAUAAUUAAAGUAGAUUAUACUAGGUAUUUCAAAGCAUGAGAAAGGAGCUGGCAGCAAAGCUUUGAUUCUCAGUACAUGCUAUUUUUGUGCCAUUCUAUAUGCAACUCUCUGCACUAAGAGCAUCCUGAGUAUGCAGAAGCAGACCCACAGAGAGAGCUCAGAUUGUCUGUCCCCUUUGGCUAUACUGGAAAUGAUGAGAGUUGUAGUUUACCACAUUUUAUGUGUCCCAGAUUGGGGAAGGGUCCCUAGUUCAAUUUGUGUGUGUUGCAAAGCACACUUUUCCAUGGAGGACUAUGAUAAUGUUCAGAUGUAUCAAUUAAUUAAAAAUACAAAAUCUUAAUAA